UUCGCCGUGUUGGAAAAAAAGGGGGGCAGGCAACAAUCAAGAUUUUUGAAAGCAGCGACAAAACACGACGAAAUAAUCUCCAGGGGAUGUGAAAAACGGACUCUUACCAACAGGUACGGUUUGGAUCGAUCACCCGAUCGCGUCUUUUCUUUUUUUUUUUUCUAUUUUUCUUUUUUUUUCCCCCUCUUGUGCUUAGAGGAUUUUUGAGGGGGGACGUCGACGCCGCUGUGUUAAAUUUAAACUGGCAUUCAUCGUCUGAAAAAUUGCUACUUUGCUUCGUGUGACAAUCGGAGGAGGCUGUUUUUUUCUCCCACUGGGAAUAAAACGUGUGAUGAGACAAAGGAACAAAGGAUGCCUUAGAGGAGAGGUUGCCUUCAUGCCCGGAAAGCUCCUCAAAGCCCACCGCAGCCAAAUGGAUCUAACGCCUCCCCCCGCCUCCAGAUCAUGAUACUAGGCUGAAGCUAUCCCCGCUUAUCUUUAUGAUCCCUCCUCCAUCUAUGGCGAACUAUAGCCAUGCAGGGGACCACACCAUCUUGCAGAAUGUCUCUCCUCUCGCCACCUUCCUAAAACUGACCUCCCUGGGCUUCAUCAUCGGCGUCGGCGUGGUCGGGAACCUCCUGAUCUCCAUCCUGCUGGUCAAAGACAAGAGCCUGCACCGAGCGCCUUACUACUUCCUGCUGGACCUUUGCGCCUCGGACAUCCUGCGCUCGGCCAUCUGCUUCCCGUUUGUCUUCACCUCGGUCAAGAAUGGCUCGGCGUGGAGUUACGGCACGCUGACCUGCAAGGUGAUCGCCUUCCUGGGCGUGCUGUCUUGUUUCCACACGGCGUUCAUGCUCUUCUGUGUCAGCGUCACGCGCUACCUUGCCAUCGCGCACCACCGCUUCUACACAAAGAGGUUGACCUUCUGGACCUGCCUGGCCGUCAUCUGCAUGGUGUGGACGUUAUCGGUCGCCAUGGCCUUCCCGCCGGUUCUCGACGUGGGAACGUACUCGUUCAUCACCGAGGAGGACCAGUGCACCUUCCAGCACCGCUCGUUCCGCGCCAACGACUCGCUGGGGUUCAUGCUCCUCUUGGCGCUUAUCCUGCUAGCAACGCAGCUGGUUUACCUCAAGCUCAUCUUCUUCGUCCACGACCGGCGAAAAAUGAAGCCCGUCCAGUUCGUGCCCGCCGUCAGCCAGAACUGGACCUUCCACGGGCCCGGCGCCAGCGGGCAGGCGGCCGCCAACUGGUUAGCCGGAUUCGGUCGGGGCCCCACCCCGCCGACCCUGCUGGGGAUCCGGCAGAACGGCAACGCGGCCGGUCGCCGCCGGCUCCUGGUCUUGGACGAGUUCAAAACGGAGAAGAGGAUUAGUAGGAUGUUCUACAUCAUGACCUUUUUCUUCUUGGCGCUCUGGGGGCCUUAUCUGGUGGCCUGCUACUGGCGGGUGUUCGCCAGGGGUCCCGUGGUGCCGGCGGGCUACCUGACGGCCGCCGUGUGGAUGAGCUUUGCCCAGGCGGGGGUCAACCCGUUCAUCUGUAUCUUCUCCAACAGGGAGCUGCGGCGCUGCUUCAGCACCACGCUCCUCUACUGCCGAAAAUCCAGGUUACCGAGGGAACCCUACUGCGUUAUAUGAAGCUUUUCUUCUCCUCCGCUGCCCCCCUAAAAACGGAGUACAACAGGGCGGUGUGGAUCGCCCCUUGUUGUUUCGCGUGGAACGCCAUGCCCGUGCAGAGAAGCAAAAAUUCCCCGCCCCCUCAAAAAAAAAAAAAAAAAAAAAAAAAAAGGAACAAAAACAGACAAAGAAAACGCUUUGGAUUUUUUGGGUUUUGGUUUUCAAGACGCUUUACUCCGCGAGGAAGAAAUUACUAGGGGGAAAGAAAUGAUGCCUCUCAAGGAAUCACUGGAAAUGUUUUACAUUUUUUCCCCCCGAGUUGCACUACUAAAAAGAAGAUGUAAAGAAUUUUCCUCCAAACUUAAAGAUGAAUGCUUUAAUUUGCAACAGACUACACACAAAAAUCGCUGUAAGUAAGGCAAAAAGUGUUGGAAUGACACCAUCACCAGAGGAUAAAACGGUUUAAAUGUAAGUUUUUUUUUUUCUUCAUUUAGAAGCGGGAAGGGGGCAUUUUAUUGACGUGUGGUUUUUUCAAGUUUCAACUAGAAUGGAUUUCUCGUAGUUUUUCGCCAUAUGUCCCUAAUAGUGUCCGCCAUUGUUAUUUUCUUAUCAACAGAGGGAAGAAAAUGAUCGUUUUUCUUUGAAAAGAGGCUUUUGGGAACAAACUUGUGCUUAAAAAAAAGACAUUUGAAGAUAAAUGUGUCAUCAUAUCCAUGUACCCUUAACACUAUCAUUGUUACUACCACUCCGGUUGUUCUUGCCUUAAUGGUUACAAUGCUAUUGUCAUUUUAGUUCAUUCAACGCACUCCUAUGAAGUCAUUCCUUGGAUGCAAAGGGGAUUUCUUGCUUUUUUUUCUUCACAUGAAGUGCAUGUCCAUUUUUCUUCUCCAUACUCAGAUGAUCAGUCACUUCAAGACCAGAGCCUUAGUAUGAUAUCUUGCACAAUUUGUACAAAAAAAAAAAAAAAAGAAAAAGUCAAAAGACAAAAAAAGGGGACAUUUUAAGGCACACGAUCUUGUUUCUACUCUCCCUACAUUUGCUCUCUACUGAUUGUUUUCAAUUAUUUCUCUCUCAUGGCCAUUUUUUUAAACAAUUACUGUUUCUUUUUUGUAAAUUAUAGAUGGCGUGUAAGUACGUGAGUCAUUUAUUUACUUUUUUGGAGUCCCGAGUGUGAGUACAGUUUCAGUUAGGAUUGCAUUUUGCUGAAAGUUAACUGUGUAACCUGUUGCUUUUUUUUUUCUUUUUUCCAAAAA